CAUCACCAUACCACAGACUUGCAAAUCAAGAGCAGCAAGCAACCAAAAGAGCGAAAAAUGGCAUUCAGGGCAGCCAUCGCAUUAUCAGCAAUUCUGGCUGCAGUUCUGAUGAUGGGUUGUGAAGCAGGUGGUGGAAUAUCAAUCUACUGGGGACAGAACGGCAACGAAGGAACCUUGGCCGAGACUUGCUCCACAGGGAACUAUCACUAUGUCAACAUAGCCUUUCUGUCAUCAUUUGGGAACGGGCAGCCACCAGUGAUCAACCUUGCAGGCCAUUGUGAUCCAACCAACAGCGGUUGUGCUGGUCUAACUCCCGACAUCAAGUCGUGUCAAGCGAAAGGGAUCAAGGUCUUGCUGUCAAUUGGCGGAGGAGCUGGAGGUUACUACCUAGCAUCCAAACAAGAUGCAGAGCAGGUUGCAACUUAUCUCUGGGACAACUUCUUCGGUGGUUCUUCAUCUGCCAGGCCACUUGGCCCGGCUGUGCUCGAUGGGGUUGAUUUCGACAUCGAGGGGGGAACAAACCUGCACUGGGAUGAUCUAGCUAGGUUUCUGAAAUCCCACGACGAAAAUAUCAUACUGACAGCUGCUCCACAGUGCCCAUUCCCUGAUGCUUGGAUAGGGAGUGCACUUAAAACUGGACUGUUUGACUAUGUUUGGGUGCAGUUCUACAACAACCCUCCUUGCCAGUACUCUUCUGGCAGUGUCACAAACCUUGAAGAUGCUUGGAAGCAAUGGACUUCGGCCAUUCCUGCAAAGAAGAUCUUCCUUGGACUGCCUGCUGCUCCGGAUGCUGCUGGGAGCGGGUUCAUCCCUGUGAACGACCUCGAAUCGCAGGUGCUGCCUGCGAUCAAGGACAGUUCCAAGUAUGGUGGUGUGAUGCUGUGGUCGAAGUUCUAUGAUGAUCAAACUGGCUACAGCAAAUCCAUCAAGAACUCUGUGUAAAUUAUGUGUUCAGCGCAUCCCAUCUGCACAUGUUUACUAGCAUUAUGUGUGAAUAGUUUCUGAGAAUGCACCACUAUGAAUGCAUUUACCGAAUAUUUCCAUACUCUAAUGUACAAAAUCGUUUCGUGUUCUAUUAAUGGAUCCCUUUCUCUGUAUACUGGUUAAUUAUUGCAUUGCCAGGCGAUGCCUAGUAAUCUUUCGGGUCGUUUGGAUGGAGUAUUUGUAUGAGUUAUUUAAGUAACUCGUUUGGUAACGUUUUACUGAAAUGAGUUAUUUGGACAGUGAGUUAUUUACAAAUAACUCAAAACGAGUUAUUUGAAAUAACUUAUACUCAUGUGUUAUUUCGAAAUAACUCGUUUUAUCACUCUACUUUUACCAAAUACCACAUGUCGAAUACCACAUUUGCAUGGUUCAACCAAACGAACUACUUUAUUUCAAUUAUCAUUGAAAUAACACUAAAAUAUCACAUGAAUAAUAAAUGAGUCAUUUGACU